AUGAAAUCUUUUAUAACUAAUUAUCUAUGCUUAUUGUUCAUCGUUUUAAUUCAUUUUACUUAUAAAUGUUAUUCUAUACUUCCUGAAGUAUCUCAACAUCAUAUGACAGGAAAAUAUUAUCAUAUUGAUGCAAAUCUCAUCUACGAUCAUCCUUAUUCAAAAUGUUACAUUUUAAUGAAUGCAUUGAAACGUUUUAAUGAACGUCUUACAUUAAUAAAACAAUAUCCUAAAAUUCCUAUGCAUAUAUCAAAUACUACAAUUCAUAAAAUGAAAAUAUUCAUUACUAAUGAAUGUAAUGAGACAAAUAAUGAACUAUGGCCUUCAGAAUUCAUGAAUGAAACAUAUUCAAUUCUUAUUUUUAGUGAGAAAAUAAUUUUACAAGCUGAAGAAAUUUGGGGAAUAUUACAUGGAUUAGAGACAAUACUUCAAUUAAUCUAUCGAAGUCCAUUAGAGACGAACAUCAUUGAAGGUGGUUUGAUUUCGGAUGAACCAUUAUUUUCUCAUAGAGGAUUUUUGAUUGAUACUUCAAGGCAUUAUUUAUCAAUAAAAGAAAUUGAAAAAUUCAUUGAUGCAAUGUCAAUGGUGAAAAUGAAUGUGCUUCAUUGGCAUAUUGUGGAUGAUCAAUCGUUUCCCUAUGUAUCAGAAAAGUUUCCGAAACUUUCUAUAAAGUUAUACAAAGAAUUGUUCAGUGUAUUUCGUGAUAACUGGUUUCAUUUAGGUGGAGAUGAAGUGGAUUAUGGCUGUUGGCGUUCUAAUCCUUUGGUUAUUGAAUUUAUGAAACAAAUGAAAUUUGGUGAUGAUUAUCGUCAUCUAGAAGGUUACUACAUAAAUCGUCUUAUUCAAAUUAUCAAUGAUAUCAAACCGCCGGCGAGAAAUAUUACUCCAGUUGUAUGGCAGGAAAUAUUUCAAAAUGGAUUCAGAGGUGAUAAAUCAACGGUGAUUCAUGUAUGGAAAAGUUCAGAUUGGAAAUCUGUAAUGAAAAAUAUUACUCAAUCAGGCUAUCGAGUAUUAUUCUCAGCUGCUUGGUAUCUAAACCUCAUUUCAUAUGGUAAUGACUGGAAAAACUACUAUCAAGUUGAUCCAAGAGAUUUUGGAGGCAGUAAAGAAGAUGAGCAACUGGUGAUUGGUGGUGAAGCAACUAUGUGGGGUGAAUAUGUGGAUGAUACAAAUUUAUUUAGUAGAUCAUGGCCUCGUGGUUCAGCUGUAGCUGAAAGAUUGUGGAGUAAAAAUUCACCAAACGUAGCAGAUUUCACUUUAAGAGUAGAAGAACUUCGUUGUCGAAUGUUAAGUCGUGGCUGGAAUGCGGAACCAAUAAAUGGACCAGGAUUUUGUCCAGUUUAA